UUCACAGUGUCAUUUUUGGCAAUCAGAAGUGAAACCGCAAAAGGGUUUUAAGAACCUUACAAUGAAAAGACAAACUCUGUCAUUAUCGCUAUGUUGAAUAAACUCCAUCAAAGUCACAGCUUUGUGAUUUUGUCCGCGUUUUCUCAGAAUUGUUUAAAGGGAAACCAAAGCUAAGAGAAACUGGACAAUUUACUCUGUGAUUAUAAAAUGGUAAAUUUCAAAAUGUCUACACAUGGUUUGCACUUCAGGAAAUACCAUAGUUUGACCUCAUGGCUGCUUUACUGCUGUACUUUCAUAAGUCUUGCAAACGGAUACUCCGUAAAGAACUGCACCGUCAGAGGGUCUUUGAUAUAUGCCCAAAACAUAAAUGUGUUUUGUAAUAAGAGGUCCCUGCGUUUCGUACCUGGGAACAUACCGGACAAAACUACACACUUGGACAUUUCUAACAACAUCAUACAGAAGAUAAUCAAGGAGAAAUUCUCUCGGCUGUAUAAUCUUAAAUGUCUUAAUGCGCAACACAACAAGAUCAAGGAAGUGGAGGACGGAGCGUUCAGUGGUUCGGUGGCUUUGCAGGAGUUAAAUCUGGCCAACAACAAACUGAGAGAUAUCUCGGAAGGAACGUUUCAGAAUCUGAGAAAUCUCACCGUAUUACAUCUAAAUGAAAACUUUAUCACAAAUGUCAGCGUCUCUGCAUUUUCGCCCCUCAUCAGUUUAAGAAAAGUUAAUCUGUCCAGAAACAAUCUGAAGAAAAUAAGCAGGAUUCAGCAACUCUUUUUAUUACCACAGUUACAGGAAGUGCACAUUGGGAGUAAUGGCUUCACCUCUUUUCAGACCAUAGACGUGUCCAACAUAUCUUUGAGACUUAAAGUCCUGGAUUUAUCUCAAAAUCCUUUGAAAGAGUUCACAAUCACUGCAGAUAUUUUCCCUCACCUUGAUAAUUUGGACCUGGCUUUUAUUACUGACAACAUGACAUGGAACGUACAAGACAAAAGGUAUCUACAAACUGUGCAACAUCUAAAUCUAAGUGGAAUACAGUUGCCUCCAGAGAAGAUCGCAGAUCUUCUACAAUUCUUUAACUCCUCUUUGGUUAGCCUAAAGCUACAUUUUCUGGGGGAUGUAAAAGUGAGAGCUUUGAUAAAGAACAUCUGUCUGAUUUCUCCUUUAAAAUUUCUAGGCUUGCAGUGGAACAACAUUACAUCCAUAUCAAAAGAAGAAAUGCAGUUAUGCACACAGUUAUCUGAGCUUGAUCUCUCUAAUAACAGACUAUACGGUAUCCCUGCUGUUGUCAGCAGACUACCAGGUCUUCAUUUUUUAGACCUCACCUUCAAUAAAAUAAAAAACAUAAGUACAGUUGAUUUUGCCUCCUUAACCCAAUUACAGACCCUUCAGAUUUACAGUAAUGAUAUAUCUUUUGUUGACAAAUUAGCUUUUAAAGAUCUGAAAAACUUAACAACUCUUAUGAUUGGAUCUAACAAACUGUCUUCCAAUGGAUAUUUAAAAAAUCUUCAAAACCUUAAGAGUUUGGAUCUAGCAAAUAAUAAGCUUGACUCUGUCCAUAAGGGAGAUUUUAACUCCUUAAAAUCACUGAAGAAUUUAUCUCUACCAGACAAUCAAAUAUCAUUUAUUGAAGCGGGGUCCUUUAGUGAACUGACAAAUUUAAUUUUCUUGAAUUUGCAAUCAAACAAGCUCUCUCAGAGUUCAAUAAAUGCUUUUGUGUUCUCUGGACUCCCAAACCUGAAAACACUUCUGCUGAACAAUAACUAUAUUUCAUAUGACAGUCAAGAUGUUCUUGCACAACCACCCUUUAAACAACUAAGAAAGCUAAAGACCCUGAACAUUUUUAGCCAAGGCCAUAAAGGAAUGCUUAAUUUACCAUCAAAUCUUUUUCAGGGUCUGUGGAAUUUGAAAGAACUUCAAGCAGAGAAUCUUAUUAUAAAGUCUUUACAUCCAAACACAUUUACUUUCACUCCUUAUCUGUGGGUACUGGAUCUCAGCAGAAAUGAAUUCAUUUCACUCACAACAAAUGUAUUUUUGCCAUUCCUUGUCCUCAAGACACUCCACUUGUCCAAAGUUGGCUUGCAAUCUUUGGACUUUCUCAUUAACGCAAAUCUCAGUAAGCUUCAUCUGCUGCAUGUAAGCAAGAAUGCAUUAUCUGUCAUUAACGAGACUUUGAUCCAGUCUCUACCGACUCUGAUAUACCUUGAUCUGCAAGAAAAUUAUCUCUCAUGUGACUGUACCAAUGCCUGGUUCGUCAACUGGACCAUAAGCAGCAAUUAUACAGAAGUUGAUAGUGCUUUUGAACUCACGUGCAAUUACCCAGACAAACUCAAAGGACAUAAACUCAUGGACCUUGAUGUAGGUUCAUGUAAUGUAGAUUUUGGAUUAUUCUGUUUUAUUUCUACAUCCACACUUGUCUCUCUGACCCUUCUUGGCUCUUUUCUUUUUCACUUCCUCAAAUGGCAGGUUAUUUAUGCUUACUACCUCGUCCUUGCUUUUCUCCAUGACAACAAACAGCAGAGAAAGCCCAAUGGUUUGCAGUACGAUGCUUUUAUUUCCUAUAAUGUUCAUGAUGAACUGUGGGUAAUGAGGGAACUGUUACCUCAGCUGGAAGGCAAGCAAGGCUGGAAGUUGUGUUUGCAUCACAGGGACUUUGAACCAGGCAAACCUAUCAUGGAUAAUAUUGUUGAUGGCAUUUACAGCAGUCGGAAAACCAUCUGUGUGAUUAGCCGUCACUACCUGGAAAGUGAGUGGUGUUCCAGAGAGAUCCAAGUUGCUAGUUUUCGUCUCUUUGAUGAAAAAAAAGAUGUUCUCAUCCUGGUAUUCCUGGAGAAUAUUCCAAGUCAUCAGCUGUCUCCGUACUACAGAAUGAAGAAACUAAUCCAGAAGAAGACAUACGUCAGUUGGCCUAAACCAGGAGAGGACACCAGGGUAUUCUGGCAGAAAUUGAGAGUAGCUCUUGAAACCAAAGGCACAUCAGAUAUGGACCAUCUCAUUGGUCAGGAUUUUGGGGUCAUCUAACUGUAUCUAAAUCAAGAAAAUAUUCUGCAACUUUGUUGUUUAACUGCUUUAUUUUUAUGUAUACUCUUUUUUCCUUAUUUCCUAGAGCAGUGGUUGUCAACUCCUGUCCUCAGGGCCCACCGCUCUACACAUUUUGUAUGCCUCCUUUAUUUAACGUACCUGAUUCAUAUAGUAAGGUCGUUAGGAGAGAUAUUCAUGAACUGAAAUGAGAAUGUCAAGUAAGAGAGGCAGAUAAAACAUGCAAAGUGGUGGGCCUCGAGGACUAGAGUAUGAUGGUUUUGCAAUUGGCAAGGUUUAAUGGUGGAAAAGCAGCUAUUGGGUGUAAUUUUUUUCUCUUUUACACAAAUACUUGUUUCUGAAUUUAAAUUACUUUUAAUUACCAGUAUAUUUUUUUGUGUUGUUGUUUGGUGAAUAUUCACUUGUUUUGACACAUAAUCUGGGUCUCCUUAAAUGUACUGUAGGGUAGGUGAUUUCAGAAGGGCUAGCUUUGAAAGCACGAUUGCCCUCCCUGUAUAAUCAUUUUGCAAAGACACACCUCCUCCAAAACACAUAAAUACGUAAAAAUUAAUUUAGACCACUUAACUUUUUUAUUACAAGGUGAAGAGAUUUUCAAGCAGCAUGACAAAAAAAUGCUUUGAACCAUAUCACCUUCCCUACUUUUAAGUCACAUCGUAACAAAUGUUGGUUAAUACUGUAUAUAUGGUAGAUAUUUUAGACAAAGAAAAAGUUUGUUUGAAUUGCCCAAAAUAAAAACACUUUGCAUUAACAUGCCUUACGUU